AACGGGCCGGGGAGGGGCGCCCGCCGCUCACCCCUGCCUGGGUGCGUAUGGGGAUUCCGGGGCCGCAGGGCGCCCAGCCGGCCGCAGUCUCUCCCUCGCCACCGGCGACUCUGCGGCUGUCCUCCCCCGGGUCUGUCUGUGCUCGCCCUUACUCGGUCUCUGGCCGCGUCUCUCGAUGCUCCCUGCGUCUCGGUGUCUCUCUGUGUGUCCGCGCCCGCCCCCGCCCCGCAGACGUGUCCCGAGCGGUGGAGCUCCUCGAGCGGCUCCAGCGCAGCGGGGAGCUGCCCCCGCAGAAGCUGCAGGCCCUCCAGCGCGUCCUGCAGAGCCGCUUCUGCUCUGCCAUCCGGGAGGUGUAUGAGCAGCUCUAUGACACGCUGGACAUCACUGGCAGCGCUGAGAUCCGGGCCCACGCCACAGCCAAGGCCACAGUGGCCGCCUUCACGGCCAGCGAGGGCCACGCACACCCCAGAGUAGUGGAGCUGCCCAAGACGGAUGAGGGCCUGGGCUUCAACAUCAUGGGGGGCAAGGAGCAGAACUCACCCAUCUACAUCUCCCGUGUCAUUCCUGGGGGCGUGGCUGACCGCCACGGAGGCCUCAAGCGUGGGGACCAACUUCUGUCGGUGAAUGGUGUGAGCGUUGAGGGUGAGCAGCAUGAGAAGGCGGUAGAGCUGCUGAAGGCGGCCCAGGGCUCCGUGAAGCUGGUGGUGCGUUAUACGCCUCGCGUGCUGGAGGAGAUGGAGGCCCGCUUUGAGAAGAUGCGCUCUGCCCGCCGGCGCCAGCAGCACCAAAGCUACUCGUCCUUGGAGUCUCGAGGCUGAAACCACAGGUCUGGACCGGCUCGCUCACCCCCUCCCCUGUACAGUAUUUAUUGUCACCUGCUCCUUAUUUAAAGAUCUUUGACCUUCA